CGUCAUCGCGCCUUUACCGCGUCUCUUGCGGCUUGCACUUGCAACCCACAUGUCGUCCUCCGACUAACAUUCAUCUCGACCCUUACCUCCUCUUCCUCGAUUCUAUAGACCAGCCAUGGAUCUACUCGGCAAAACGGUCGGAUGGACGCCGUUCGGCUCGUCCAAGGACAAAGGCAAAGCGCCGCAAUCUCAGCCGCAACCGGAGCGCCCCAGGUUGCGCGUAGAACUGUCGCCGAGGCAGUCGUUCGGGCCUCCGCCCUCUGGCCCGUACGUCUCCGGCGUGGACUACGGUGAAUACGACGCGGGGAUGUUACCCGACAACUCGCUCGAACGCGUCGCGGAGGACGAGGAAGACGAGUGGAAUCUCGAGGAGCGCGGCUUGUAUCCCGGCUCGUACCCGCGCUUGGUGUUACUAUACACCAUCGUCCCGAUCGUGUCCGCCUUGCUCUGGAUCCUGCUCGCCUUCCUCCCCCGUCUCCUCUGGCCGUCCUCGAAACCGCCGCCAUCCUCCCGCGCACCCUAUCUCCCCUUUCCCCUCCCCGAACUCCUCCUCUCAUCCGCCCUCUGGUCGCUCUGCCACCACCUCCGCAGCCCGCUCUACACCCUCGCCUCCCUCCUCGCACUUCCCCUAUACCGCCACCCUCGACUCUCCUCAGCACUCACCGCGCUCUUCUCCGCCGCACUUCACACGCUUUUUGCCAACCUCGUUCGCGUGGCCGCCGUCCCGCUCCUGUUGUCUACGUAUACGGGGUCGCAACCGCCGCGCGCGGACUGGACCUCGCCCGCGUUCUGGCACGUAUGGUGGCUCGCGCUCGGCUGGGCGCUCGCGGACGCGUGCGCGGGCGUCGCGCAGGGAUACGUACAUCUCUCACUCUACAAGGAUGUACUCGUUCCCUCGGCCACGGCGGAGCACCAGCCGUUCCUCGGCGGCGCGAUCACGGACUCGCCCGUCGCUCGUAUAUCCGGCUCUGGCGAGUCCUUCCGAGACGUAGAAGCGGAUGGCCGGCAUGAUGGAAACGGAUACAGCUUGCCUCCGGUGGUGGAAGAGGAGGUCGAGCGCGACCUCGACCAGCUCGUGGCGCUGAAAGCGCGAGAAGACAUCGAGGAAGUGUACGGGGUGCCGUUUAUCAGGAUCCCCGUGUUCAUCUCCUGCCUCCAACGUGUCGACUCGAUCCUGCUCUCGCUCGGCCUUACCCUCCUCCUCAGCGCGUCCUACCUCCGCUCCACCGCUUCCGUCCCCCCGCCACGUCCUCAGUCGCCCCUCCUCGUCCAGUCCGACGCUCCUUCGACGACGCUCUCUCACACGCACACCGCCCCGGGCGCGCCGACGUCCAACCGCGCGAUCGCGAUCACCUUCCCCGUGGUCGUCGCGCUGCACGCGGCCCUCGCGCUCGUGCACUCCCCGCCCGUCCUCGCGCGCGUCGGUGUGCACGUCGCCGCGUACGCGGGCUUGCUCUUCGCGCUCGGCAUGCUCUUCGCCGGGCUCGCGAUGUGGGGAGCCGUGUCCUGA